CAGUGUUCCUAUCACAUUAGCUUUAAACUUGAAUCCACGUAAUUUGGUUGGGUUGCCAUUGGUAACAAACGCCGGCUUUCUUAAAAAAGCUUUUCCCCCCAAAUAUUACCUGUGGUAAUACAAUAGAAAAAUAAAUGGCUGCUGCAGAAAUUGAAUUCCUAAGAGAUCAAGUUCAAAGACUGAAUUCUGCUCUCAGACAGUACCAUGAAGGACAUCAAUCUCACCCCACACCACUACAGGAAGAAGCGCUUGUUGGAAAUGAGUCACUGGCACCUUGGCUCACAGACAAAAGCAUUAUGGCACCACUUAUAGCAGAAUAUGACAGACACAUAGAAGGCAUGAAUGAACAGUUGCAGUACUAUCAGAUGCAGAUGGGAGAGAUCAAACUGAAACUUGAGAAAGUCAUAAAAGAAAAUGAAAGACUUCACUCGGAACUUCGCGAGUCCAUUGAAAAACAGUUGCAGGCCCUUCCCUCAGGGGCUGCUCUGGAAGAGGACUUCAUGACCAAUGAUGGAGUAGUGAAAAAUCUGCAAGAACAAAUACAAUUAUCUCUCCAGGAGAAAGAGCAGGCGAUGGAACUGUGGCAGUCUGCUGCACAAGAACUCGAUCGGCUGCAGCAGCUUUACCAAAAAACCAUGACAGAGGCUCAGAUUCAUGUGGUUGAAAGGCAGCAUUUAAAGGAUCAGCUGGCCCAGGUUCAACAACUUGCUCAGCAGCUUCAAUUAGCCAAUCAGAAGCUGGAGUCGACCAACCAGCAGCUUCUGAAAACCGUGACGGAACAGAGCACAGAACUGGAGCAGCUUCGCACUCAGACGAGGCAAGCAAAGUUAGAAUUGCGAACAGCUACAGCGAAGGUUGAAGAAAUGACAAAACUUAUGCAGAACCUUCAAGAACAAAUGCAAAGACGGGAGGAAGAAGCGGUGGCGGCUUAUGGGAGAGAGGAGGCCUCAGACAGGCGGCUACAGCAACUGCAGUCAGCCAUCAGCCAGUUAGAAGCCAGGCUAAAGGUGGCCACCCAAGAGGCAGAGCAGGUAAGGAAGGACAGGAGUGUCUGGGAGCGACAGGUCGGGGAGCUCCAGGGGAAGUGUGCCUGCCUGGAGGAGGAGAAGUACGAAGCCGUGGCUAGAGUUCGAGACAACAUUCAGCUGGCAGAAGAGGCUACGCUGCAGAAAGAUCAGGCACUUCUGAGAGAAAAACAAAAAGAUGAAGAGCUGGAGAAAAUGAAAGAGGCCAUUUCGCAGUUAAUUCAGGAGGCUGCAGUUCGAACAAGGAAAGAGGUUGAAAAUGUCAGAAAGCAAUGUAAUGUGCAGAUAUACAGACUAGCUGAGGAACUCUCUGCUCUUCAGCUGGAAUGUGGUGACAGGGAGGCUCAGAUACAGAGAGCAAUACGAGAGAAGCGAGCUGUGGAAGAGGAGCUUGAAAAGGUGUAUCGUGAUGGAAGAGGCAGUGAAGCUGAGUACAGGAAGAUAGAUGAGCUUCAUCAGAGGUGCCUAAAUGCUGAGCGAUCCAAAGAUGACCUGCAGAUAUCACUGCAGGCAUCCCAGACCAAAGUAAAAAAACUAGAGAUGAACUAUGAGGAGGAGCUGUCUCGCUGCCGGGAGACCGUACAGAAGCUGCAGGGGGCGCUGGCCGUGGCCCGGGAGGACUGCGACAGUGUCAGCGAGGAGAGGCUGCAGCUGCAGCAGGAGAACCAGCAGCUCCGCAAGGAAAUGGAGGACCUCAGGAAAUCCAGCCUUAAAGCCCAGAGGAUGGCAAAGCAACAGGUCUCUACAAUGGAGCAUGAGUUCUCCCUAAAGGAACAUGGGCUGGAAGCCAGAGUGAGGGAGCUGGAGGAAAACAGCAGGGCUUCCAAUAACGAGCUGAGUCGGCUGCUGAUGGCCCAGCAGAAGACAACCAAGCGCUGGAAGGAAGAGUCUCGCAAGCUGGCUGAAGCCUUUGAGCUGAAGAUGAGCAGCCUGAAGGCGGAACAGAGUCGUCAGAAGCAACGUUCUCAGGAACUGGAAGCUCUACUCGAAGCAGAUCAUGAAAAGAUUGCCGAGUAUGAAAAACAAAUGGCAGAAUACCAGGAAAAAAACAGUCGACUCCAAAGGCGCUUGACGCAAGCAGAACAGAGAGCCUUCACAGCUUCGCAGCAGCUCAGCAGAAUAACCUCCCAGAGAAAGACUGCAGCUUCUGUGGUGGAUUUGGAGACUUUGUAACACUGCAAAGAAGUGAUACAAUACUGAACUGUUUUAGACAUUUAUUAAACUAUAAAUGGAGGUGUA